UUAACUCGAAGUAGGAGGAGAAGAAGAAGAAGAAGAAGACGAAGACGAGGAGGUAGAAGAAACAACGCGGGGAGGAAGAAGGAAAUAUUUUAGUGAAUGUCUGUGAAAACUGAGGCUCCAGUCGCCUUUUACAGUAAUGUCUCAGCAACAACAACCUCCACCAACAAACCCACAGGCGGUACUUCAGCAGCCUCCACAACAACAGCUCAACCAACAGCAGGAUUUCGACCCGGUUCAUAGAUUUAAAAUGCUGAUUCCGCAAUUAAAAGAGAGUUUACAGAACGUAAUGGCCAUCGCUUCACAAAACUUUGCACACAAUACUGCAAUUGAUAACGGAAUUGCAGUGAGGGCAGAAAAGCCACUCUCACCAAGAAAGAGUAAUGAUUCCACAGUUCAGCGAUUUGACAAGAGUUUAGAAGAGUUUUACGCCCUCUGUGAUCAACUGGAGCUCUGUCUGCGCCUGGCUCACGAGUGCCUCUCUCAGAGUAUCGACAGUGCCAAACACUCUCCAAACUUGGUGCCUACAGCAACCAAACCUGACACAGUGCAAACAGAGUCUCUGUCUUAUUCUCAGUAUCUCAGCAUGAUCAAAUCUCAGAUAUCGUGUGCUAAAGACAUCCAUAAUGCUCUGCUGGAAUGCUCCAAGAAAAUAGCAGGAAAGAGUCAGCAGCAAGGCAUCCUUUAAUGGUGCUGUGUUUCAGAUGCUGUCAUUAGAUUCUCCUGAGAAGGAAAGUGUUUUUAUAUUGGGGAGGGGCGGGGUUGUAAAUAAAAAUAACAAAAUAAAAUUUUGGUUGCAAAACUGUAAAGUUGGACAAGUUUUGGGGAUUAAACAUGCACCUGCUUGUUGCUUAAUUAAACUGUGAUACUGUUUGCAAUGAUCAAGAA